UUAAUCAUCAGCAAUGGCAUCCACAAUGCCCCUCUUCUCCCCGCUCCAACCAGUCCUACUACUGCUACUGCUACUAACUUCAGUCACCGCCGCCACUUUAGCUCCGAAGAACUCGGAGAUUUUCCGGGAAUACAUCGGCGCUGAAUUUAACGGCGUCAAAUUCUCCGACGUGCCCAUCAGCCCCUCCGUCGACUUCCACUUCAUCCUCUCUUUUGCCAUUGACUACACAUCCGACGGCAGCUCCUCCACCAACGGUCACUUCAACGUUUUCUGGGACUCCAACAACCUCUCCCCAAACGAAGUCAACGCCAUCAAAUACAGCCGCAGCAGAGUCAAAUUAGCCGUUAGUCUCGGCGGCGACUCCGUCGGCCACGGCUUCGCCUACUUCAACCCAUCCUCUGUCGACUCCUGGGUCGAUAACGCCGUCAAAUCUCUCACCGCCAUCAUUCGGCGCUACAAUCUGGACGGCAUCGACAUUGACUACGAGCAUUUCAGAGCCGACUCCGACACCUUCGCCGAAUGUAUUGGGAAGCUGAUUGUGACUCUGAAGAACAAUGGCGUCAUAUCUUUUGCUUCCAUCGCUCCUUUCGCCGACGAAGAUGUCGAGAAACAUUAUCUCGCUCUUUGGAAAAAGUAUGGGAAGCAUAUAGACUAUGUGAAUUUUCAGUUCUACGCUUAUGAUUCGAGCACGACUGUGCCUCAAUUUUUGAGCUAUUUUGAGACCCAGAGAGGGAAAUAUGAAGGAGGGAGAGUGCUUGCGAGCUUUGGAACUGAUUCGGGCAGUGGAGGAUUGAAGCCGGAGAAUGGAUUCUUUGGUGCGUGUAAGAGUUUAAAGAGGGAGGGAAAGUUGCAGGGGAUUUUUAUAUGGUCUGCUGAUGAUUCUAUGAAAAAUGGCUUCAAGUAUGAGAAGGCAUCUCAGUAUUUGCUUGCGAGCUACUGAUCUGUUUGAUUUUAAUUUCAGUGGUAUUUCCGGACUUGGUAAGCAUGGCAUAGUGUAAAUUUAUGUGUAUGUGGUGCAUGGUUUAUGUUUUUAUAUAUGUAUGUAAUUUCUAUGUUGGUUGCAUUUCAUAGAGCUGUGUAUCUAUUUAGGAGAGCUUGUGAUUUGCUUGUGGUUUUGUUUA